AUGGAAGAAGUAGCAAGAAGUCAUGAAUGGAGGCACCAAGUGCUGGUUUUAGCCUUCCCCUUUGGCAGCCACCCUCGUAGUCUUCUCGGCCUCGUCCGCCGACUGGCCAGCGACGCUCCCGACGUGAAAUUCUCCUUCUUCAACACAGCAACUUCCAAUGCCGCCCUUUUCAACGAUGGCCAACCAAACGACAACGUUUUCCCUUACAGCGUUUGCGACGGUCUGCCGAAGGGAUACGUCUGGAGAUGGGGAGUGCCGGAGGAGCCGGUUGAGCUUUUCUUGAAGGCGGCAUGUGGGAGUUUUAAGGAGGCCAUUGCGGGGGAGGUGGCGGCUGUGGAGGUUGGAGGGGUGGUGAGUGACGCAUUUUUGUGGUUUGCCGGUGAGAUUUCGGCGGAAAUGGAGGUGGCUUGGGUUCCGGUAUGGAUUGCUGGGCUACGGAGCCUCGUUGUUCAUCUUCACACCGAUUUGUUCCGUCAAAAUCUGGUGGAUUCAGGAGAUGACGAAGAGAAAGUCAUCAACUUCCUCCCUGGCUUUUCAAAAAUCCGUAAUAUUGACUUGCCCCAUGAAGGGUUUCGUGGAGACUUGGAAUCACCAAUUACAACCAUGUUACAUAAAAUGGAAUUACAUCUCCCCAAAGCUUCGGUCGUUGUCGUAAACAGCUUCAAAGAAACUGAGCCCGUGAUGUUCGAUAUACUUAAACCAAAGCUUCAAGAACUUCUCACCAUUGCACCAAUUAACCUAGUAACACCACCGAAAUCAAUUAUUAACGACGAGUAUGGAUGUCUCGAAUGGUUAGACAAGGAGAAGCGCAACUCCAUAGCAUACAUAUGCUUUGGUACAUUUGUAGCACUCCCACCUCACGAGUUAGCAGCUUUAGCAGAGGCACUGGUUGAGAGCGGAGUUCGGUUUCUAUGGUCAUUCAGAGGCGACCCUAAGGAAAGCUUCUGUGAGGAAUUUCUUCAAAGAUUUGAUGUGCAAGGAAAGUUGGUGGCAUGGGCUCCCCAAACAAGAGUGUUGGCACAUCCUUCAGUUGGGGUUUAUAUAAGUCAUUGUGGAUGGAACUCUGUUUUGGAGGCUAUAAUGGAAGGUGUGCCUAUGAUAUGUAGGCCCUUUGUUGGAGACAAUGGCCUUAAUGUUAGGACAAUUGGAUGUGAGUGGAAGGUUGGACUAGGACUUCCAAAUGGAAUAUUUACAAAGGAUGGAGUAAUGAAGGCUAUGGAGACAAUCUUAGACCCUUACAAAGGGGACCAAAUAAGAAGCAAUCUUAGAGCUAUUAAAGAUUUGGCUCUCAAGGCUAAUGAACCUGAGGGUAGUUCAACUAAGAACUUCAAUUCUUUGAAAAAGUUACUCACAAAGUAG